AUGGGCUGGUCGGGGGGUCGGCACCGGUGCGGAGCACUCGCGCGCGUGGCCCCGCAGGACGCGUGGGCGCCAGUCGCUGGGGUAUCGUCCUCUGGGGGGAGUCCAGCCCUGGACGAGGGGCCGCUGGAGACAGGGUGCCCCUCGCCCCCCGGGACCGGGCACUGCAGCUCUGCAAGCCUGGAGCUGGCCAGCCUGCAGAAGGCCCGGGAGUAG